UUCAAAAUGGAGAUCUCGUGUUGGCGGCGCACACGUUCGCUCUACGAGUUUGCAACAUCUUGCCUCAUGCCACGAUGGCUCAAGACAGCUCUGCCUGAGCAGUGUUGCGUCGGGCUCGCCCCAGCCAGCCACCACGCACCAAACCACCCCAACCCAACCCGAAGGUAGUCAGCCAGCCGGGCUCACGCCUGAGACCGCAACUGUCCAGGCGCCGCCGGGCGGGUCCACCGUUGCUCACUUGCAGGGGCCAGAGCUGCAGCAGCGCGGCCCCGGGCGGAUGAGCUCCGACGCUCUGCUCGGGGGGCAGCACCUUCCUCCGGGCCAGCGCGAGCGGUGCGGCGAGGUGGCGUGUCGGGCAUCCUCGGCCCUGAGGCACUGGUGGAAGGUGACCACGAGCACUGAGUACUUCGCAUCGCUGGAACGCCGGGUGGUUCUCAAGCUGGUCGUCGCGGUCGUCACAGAGGCCUUCGGCAUCGUCUCCGCGAGCGGCGCGAGUUGGGAUCAUACUUUAGGGAUUUGCGCUGUGGUGCCUCUCUGUCUGUUCCCUAUUCCCUACGACUCCCUCUGUCUCGACAUCUUCAUGGCGGCCUGGAACUUUGUCUACUGUUAUAUGGUCUCUUUGCCAGGCGGGUUGCUUUGGAUGAUUCUCGUUAUUGGUUGGAUGCGCGCAGGAGGUAUACACUCAUUCGCCCUGGUUCCAUUCCUGCUGCUGCCACUGGGAGAGAGAGACUUGAUCGAACGGGAUUAUGGCUGCAGCGGCUUAGAUCUGCAGUCUUUCGUUGCUAUAACCAUUCUCGCUGUCGUUUGGGCGUUCGUGGCUGAGUGGCAGCAGGUCGAUCACUUCUACAGGCUGCAGGAGUCUACCGAGGUAAGUCAGCUUCUGCUCGGCCAGGCAACUAGUGGUUUUUGCACCUUGCUCCGAGAGUCUGGUGUCGUCAGUGAUGCCAGCAGCGCGUUGAUGGAGAAUCUGGGCAUGGGCAUCGAGGGUGCGACUGUAUACGACUUCGUCGCUCCUGACGAUUGUGCGAAGGUCGCGAGCCUCCUCCGUCAUCGAGACACCCUGCCACCCAGCCCCAUCCUCUGCACGCUCCACAGGAAGCCAAUCAUGACGGGGGCGCCCGGCGCCCAGUUCGAGGCCAAGCUGGUCCCUUACGCAGUCUCCGAGAGUGGAAUCAAAGUGUGCCUGCUGAAGCUGGGGGACAUCAGGAGGGCCCUCUGGCGGCCCCCGCGGACCGGGAGUACGCGGCGGCCGCCCGCGCCGCCGAGGCCCCCCGCGCGCCCGAGGGCGGCGGCGCGCUCGAGGACCUGCGGCAGAGUGCGCCGAGAGCGCCGUCGGAGCACGGCACGGAGACGAGCUUCGCGAUCACCGCGAGCUCCCGGGCGGCCGCCGUGAGGUCCGUCGCCGUGCAGGCGAGCCCCCCGGCGCGCCCGCCGAGGCUGCCAGAGGUGGCGAAGCCGUCGGCCCCAAAACGCAUGGGCCUGCAGCAGGGCCGCCGUGCGCGCGGGCGCCCCCAGGUCCGGCUCAACACCUCGAUGCGCCAGGUGCCGGGGUUUGAGGAGACGCCCUUGCCAAGCAGGGCUGCACGCCUGAUGGACGCCAUGGAAGGCAUCAACGCGUGCGGCCGAGGUUGCUGCGAAUUCCACGUCAGCGUGGCCGCUGCGAGAAAGGUCCUCGACAUGUUCAAUCGGGAGGAGUGCGAGGCCAUGGAGUUUUUCAGCCAUCAGUGUCCGGAUUGUCUCGUCCUGGUCGACCCGAAGGAUGGCAGCACGCUGCAAGAGUGCGAAACGUGCGAGUCUCGGAUGUGCCCUGUGCCGCUGAUGUCCGGCUCCACGACGACUUUCGGCAAUUCGGACGAAGUACCCCCGCAGGCCCAAGAGCGUGCACCUAGCAAAGAGGCCUCUGUUUUCAAGGUCGUAUUCGACCGAAGAGACGGGGCUAUGCUCGGGGUUGAAGUCUGCAUCAAGAAUGAUACGGCACUGGUGGUCGGGGGGGUGAAGGAUGGGCUGGUCCAGCAGUGGAACGACAGUAACACAGAAGCGGAGGUCAGACGCGGCGAUCAUAUAAUAGGGGUGAACGGCAUUUCAGACAACCCGAGGCAGAUAUUGGCCGAGUGCGGUGAGAACACAGUCUUGGAGUUGACCAUUCGCAGAGGCGGACCCGUGGAGUGAAAAAAG